GACGCAGCAGAGGAGGACUCCAGCAUCUGAACCGGAGCGGAACGAAGCUGCGACUGAAUCCUCUAGAUUCUUCUUGGUGCCUCUUUCAUUCUGAUUUUAAACUUGACUUGCAUUGUGCUAUGUUCAAGGAGUCCACUGUAAACAAAAGCCACCGGCUCAGGGCGUUUGUGUUUGUGUCGUCGGUAAAUACGCCGUACACAGUUUGCAGCAUCUGCUAACAGCGGCUAGGCUAACUAAGCGAGCUAACCGGCAGACGGGCUGGGAGCCGGCUAUGAGAAAGACAAGUUAGUCUGAAGGUGCUGCGUCGGUGUAAAUGAUUUGUGGAGCAGAUUAUUGCGCAGUGAACUAAGAUUGAGGCAACGGACACCUCAAGUGUUCGAAGAAAGCCAAUGUUUGCAUCAAGCUAACGAUUAGCCAUCGGUUGAUACUUAAGCUAACAGUAGCUCAUUAGUGACAGGUAACUCAACCCAGGUACGUCGAGACACAGACAUGGCCAGUAAACCCGUGUCAGACUUUAAAUGCCAACCUAACGGAGAAAACACACCGAGACGAGUGUCCGGUUCUGGUCGGUCAUGUCGCUACCAGUCCGAGUCCGAAUCAGACGGUGGCCCGACGGCGAAAAGCUUAGCGCAGCUGUGCAGCAGGGACGAGGAUGAGCGGGCAGCGGCUCUGGAGGAGCUGAGCCAGGAGGUUCUGCUGUGUCUAGGUUCGGCACGGCAAGGUUCGGCACGGCUGAGUAAACAGACCCUCCUGCACCUGCUUCGGCUGUCCAGGUCCUGUCCACUGCAGGAGGUCCGGGGGAGAGCGACCGAGCUGCUGCGGACCGCACAGGAUCAAGGAGUCGACGUUCCUCGGGCCCUGGCCUCAGGUCCAAGUGCCUUUAUCCCUGCAAAAGAGAUGUUGAAAGAAGGGCCGAACCAGAAGGUCCUCAUUGAAUCGUUUCUAUCACUGGGUCGUGUGGACCAUAUCACCAUGGUGAUGGCGCUGCACCCGUCCUAUCUCAGCUGCUUCUUGAGGACCCAGCAUGCUUUGUUGGAGCUGGACGGCCCCUUGCCUCGUCACUGGAGACAUUACAUUGCUCUCAUGGCUGCAGCUCGACACCAUUGUUCGUACCUGGUGCAGCAGCACAGCGCUGGUUUCCUGGAGGCCGGAGGGGAGGAGAGCUGGCUCAGCGGCCUCGAGCGCGCUCCCACCAAACUGCGCAGCCUGCAAACACUCAACAAGCUGCUGGCACACAGACCCUGGCUCAUUACCCAGCAGCACAUCCAGGAGCUGGUGUGUCCUGGAGCAGACCCUCCCUGGUCACUGGCUGAACUAAUACAUGCUGUUGUCCUGAUGGCACACGCUCACUCACUCUCCUCCUUCGUAUGGGGCUGCGGUUUGAACCCUGAACCUGACCACAUUGGAGGUUACACCUUCGAGCCUCCUUCACCCAGUCACCUUCCUCGUAGCCCUCAUAGCCCUGCUCAUGAGGAUGGCAGGCAAGAGCUGGUUGACGGAGCGAUGGAGGUGGAGGUGUUGAUGAAGAGGAUGGUGGAGCUGCAGCAGCAGGAGGAAGAGUGCACACAGGAGGAGAUGGUUACUCGGUUUGAAAGGGAGAGGAGCGAGAGCAUACCAACAGCGGUGGUGCGGGGAGCUCCGCCUGACCUGGUGCUGUGUCUGGUGGAGGAACCAGAGUUCAGAUAUGAGGACUUUGCCCCCAGAGGAGAGCAGGCACCACCCACUAUGAGAGCACAGGACUAUUCAUGGGAGGAUCAUGGCUUCUCUCUGGUAAACAGACUGCUGCCAGACAUGGGCCAGCUCCUGGAUGAGAAAUUCCAGGUUGUGAGCUACUUGACCUACCACAGGAUGGCCAUGCAUGAAGGUGUGGAUACUUACACACUGAGAAAAGCUCUGUGGAACUACAUCCACUGCCUCUACGGGAUACGCUAUGAUGAUUAUGACUACGGCAGCGUGAAUGUGUUGUUGGAGCGCUCUCUGAAGGUGUUUGUUAAAACCCUGGCCUGUCACCCCGAGCAGACCACGGCACGCGUUUACCACGCCUGCUGGAGACACUUCAGACACUCGGAAAAGGUUCAUGCAAAUCUAAUAGUGAUGGAAGCCCGGCUACAGGCAGCCCUUCUUUAUACCUUACGAGCCAUUACACACUACAUGAGAUGACACGCUCAAUCACAUUUUUGCAGAUGCUGAGCCAGCUGUGACGUACCACAGUCUAGACAAUCUUGCACACACUACUGCGAAUGUUUGCAUAUCAUAUGUGUCAGUGUUCUUUAUUUUCAUGCUGCUUUGUGAUUCUAUUUAACAUUUAUUACCUGUUUUGCACUGAUGUGUAUCAGAUUUCAUGUCCCCAUUUGAGCCUCCAGUGUUGUACUGAAUAUCUUGCACAUGUUCCUGUCGCACGGACAUAUCGGCAUGCCCACGGUAUUAGGUCUGACAUCAUCAUCGUCAUCAUGAUCCAAGUGUUUCCUUUGCCGAAUUUUUGUUGCGCAUUUCACAAAUCAACCACAUCAUUACUGCUCAUGCCUUGGUCCUCUUGUCUGCAGGGCACAUAGAUAAAGCAAGACAAAAUAUCCUGUAUUUUUUUAUACACAAUAAAGUUACUUUAUCAAAAUUGAA